AAGUUUUAAGGUUAUAAAAUAAACUGUGGUAAACUUUGUGUAAUGCCGUUAACUAAUUCAAAUCCUUAAACCAAUUCGAAUUAGUAAUUUGAAUCAAAUCAAGUACGAACAAUAUGGAGCAGACACUACCUUCAUAAGUAGGCCUUUUCUCAUUUAAGUCAGUGCCUUCAUAGAAAUGGAUGAAUACCUCUGGAAUCAGUUAGACGUUGAACCUCCCCCAUCUAUGUGUGUGCAACUGGAAUGUUCAGGCAAACUAAGAUCCAGUUUAGACAGUAUGUGUAAAGAAGCUAAGGAGCUACUGCUGGGUAAAUCAUUCAGAAUAGAGGCAACUUUCAUAUCAAGAAUUUUACACCGUUACAAGAACCAAUUUAGAUUAAUAAAAGCAUUCAAGUUUCUAAGGAAGAUUAAUCAAACUUUGUUGAGAGUACCAAAAUUGAAUCUGAAGGAAGUUUUUAGUGAGCUUGCGUCCUGCAUCUCUAGUGAAUUCAUGCCGAGCAAUCAAAUGGUGGAGUUCUCCAUGCUUCGUCUUCAAAGCCUCAGUUUUCUCCUGGCCCGGCUGAUUUGCACCUGUGAAGAGGUUUUUCUAAUUCUAAAGUCCUACUUGGAAGCACCAGGACCAUGGGACGUUUGGCUAACUUUCCAAGCUUCUAUCAGUAGAAUAUGGGUUUUAUCUCACCACUUACUGCAAAAAACUGACAACUGGUAUGAAGUUCUGAAUCGUUACCGAUCUAAAUUGGAUGUAACAGAUCACUGGCUUCCAGAGUCUUAUUCUUUACCUGAAAAUCUUUUGUCUUGGGUAAAUCAACAACUUAUCAAAAAUGGACUUUCACCACUUGUUGUCGAAAACAUUUACAAGGCAAAAACUGCAAAUACAGUUAGUGCAGAAUUCGAUUCAAACAGAGAGCCUUCCCCCACGAAAUCGAACAUGAAUGAGAUGGAUGUAAAAGAGUUCGCAAUGCCAAAAGCAAUAAAAGGCAAAAGAAGAGGAAAUAGAGGGCUGAAAGCAAUCAAGAAGAAAAAGAAAACCAGUGAGACAACGGAUAUUCACUCUCUAGAUCAGUUGAAGAAAUUCCUGAAUACUGAAGUAGACCUGCGAAGUAGAUCAGAUUCUAGGCAAAACUGUAUUACGAAAAGUCUGGAUCCUGUUGAAUGGGAUAUUUUAAGAACUAUCUUGUUAAAGUCCAUCGAAAAAAUUACAAAAAAACCGGAAUCAUCAGAUAAAAUUCUGGGAAAAGUCAGACAAACACUCCAGGUGGCAAUUUCUUAGCCAUUUAAUUUUCUGAUCUCCAUUCAAAUUUUUAAUCUAGAUUCUAGAUCUAAGAUUUUAUAGAAGAUACUCAGGUACAUAAUAAGAAUAUCUACAAAUGAAGAACUCAUCAGAGUAUGACCUUGACCAACCACGAAGUAUAUCAAAAGAAAGUGCCCUGCUCAUUAAUUCCAUGGUACCUGUUUAGCUGAAUAAAUAUGAUUUUAAUAUUUUACUCUUUUGAAAA